AUGUCUCUCACCUUCGGCACUCCCUUCUCCCUCACCGACUUCGACCGCCUAUUCGACGAGGCAUUCAACGCCCGCGCAGGUCCCGUUGCCCGCCACGACGACCCCGCCGUCCGACUCAUGCGUCCGAAGAUGGACCUGCACGAGGACGACGAGCGCGACCUCGUAACCGCCACGUUCGGGCUCCCCGGUGGUUCGGGCCUCACCUUUCUUCCCGUUCUUUCCUUCACGGAGGCCGUGAGCCUCGACGUGCGCGACACCGUGCUCAGCGUCUCGGGCGAGUCCGCGAUUUCGGGCGGGCGCGACGAGAAGGGCUACGCGGUGCGCGAGCGCCGCUUCGGCAGGUUCUCGCGCGCGGUUCCGCUGCCUCGG